AAAACUGAGCCGAAAUAUGCAUGGCGUACCGUACGUAUCAGGCAAAAAAAUUGCGAGCGAGCAAAAAAUUUGUCAUUACAAAGAUCCAAUUUUAGAUAGAUUUUGACAUAAUAUUCAGAAAAAUGAUAUGAUUCCUGGAAAAGACAACUUCCCGGAAAGCUUCCCUGAAUUUCCUGGAUUUCGGGAAGAGUGGAAAUAAGCACUGUACUGGUGGGAACAAUUGAUCAGCUAGCCAUUUUGGAGCGCACAGCUCCGGACUAUUCGGCGACCACACCGGCCGCACGCACUCGACAUCGCGCGUACUAUCGUUACCAAAGAUCGUUACCCUGGUUUGGAGUAAACUGAAGUCUGAAUUAUUUUUCUGCGUAUGCCUACAAAUACUUUCAGCUCGUUUUAACUCUUCUCUUUGUCUCUUCAGAUUGCUGAUAAAACUACAGUACCGUUGCUGAACUGAAUAAUGGCAGGGGAACUCGGAUUGAAUGAUCACCACUACACGACUAUCGUGAACUUCAUGCGUUUUGCUAGCUACAAACGGACUCAGAACUUGCGUAGCGUGGAACGCUGCUUUGAAGAUCUGAAAGAUAGUAGGCUAAUUGAAGACACUUUCACUCUGGAUGAAGUUAGAGACAUGCUGGAUGGAUUAGAGGCAGUGGUACAUAGUGAAAUGGAAUUGGAACUCAUUAAUACCUCUCACACCAACGUAUUACUCCUGAGACAACUAUUUCAGCAAGCUGAAAAAUGGCACCUGAAACUACAAGCAGACAUCUCGGAGCUCGAGAACAGGGAACUCAUAGAGAUGAUAGCCAAGUUUGAGGAAAGCCAUUUCUCUGGAUCUUCUUCAUCCUCAAAGCCAACCUUUGAACUGAAGCGACUGGAUCCUAUGGAGGCAGGUGGUGUACAGCUUCUCCAAAAUGAAAUUGAGAGACUCAAUGAAGAGAAUGAUAAACUGAAAGAAAGACUGAAACAGGUGGAAUCCCAGGCUACAGGAGCCUUACAGGACAGGAGUAAAUUAGAAUCAGAUUUGAGACGCACUCAAGAUGAGCUAGGAAGUGAACGCAAUAAGACACCGAUAGUCUCUGCUGACACUGGGGAUAUGGAAGGCAAAAUGAAGGCUCUUAAAUCCCAAAUGGAGCAGAAUAUGAAGCUGACUUCUGACAGAGCAGAUUCAUUGGAAGGAGAUCUUAUUUCAUCCAAGCACAGAUUAUUGGAGAUCCAAGAACAGUUGGAAAUGAAGGAAAAGGAAUUGGAGAAGAAGUUCAGCCAGACUGGUGCAUACAAGAAUCUCAAGUCUAUGCUGUCCAAGAAGAAUGAUCAGAUCAAAGAGCUCCGUGGAAGGUUGAAGAAAUUUGAAGGAGAUGAUUAGAGCUUAACCCAAACUGGGACCUAUUCUUGUAUUUGAGUAGUGGGAGGGAAUGUGGUAGAAUUGUUGCAAUGUUACUUGAAUCGAUUGUGAAACAUUGAAAUGAAUUUCAGGGCAUUGUGUUAUGGAAUACAAAGUCUGUAACUUAUUUUGGUUUUAACGGUCAUGGGUUAUUCAUUUAGAGAUGUCAGUGCAUGAAACCUUGUUCAGAUAAGGUGGGACAAUCUCGGAGAAGGCACUCAGUAUGUAAUGCACGGUGGGUAUGUGCCGCGGAGAGGACACCCAUUUUUACACUCAAAUUUCCAUUUCAAAGCAUAGCAUUUUUAUCAUAUUGAGAAAAAAACAAAGAAAGCCUUUCCAUAGCAUAGCAUUUUCUUCUUAUCGAGAAAAAAGAAAUCCGUUCCAAAGCUUCGCAUAUUUUUCAUUACGCCAUUCCGGCCGUAUUGAUCCUCUUCAAUGAGCUGCAUUUUUGGUAUUAAAAAGAUGCGGCUCCCAGAGCGCUGUCUUACCAUUGCUUCUGCGUGAGCGCACCUGGCGCCCAUGCCGCCGGGCUAGCUGCAUGCACGUAUGCCCGUUCCAUAGGGAUGCAUACGCACUCACAUGCAAGCAAAUCGUUCCAAGCACCCCCGUUUUCACAAACAUUUGUAGUUCCGAAGCCCAUUCCGAAGACCCUCGUUUUUACAAUAAGCCCAUUCCAAUGCCCCUGUUUUUUUGUCACGCCUGCGGCACAUACCUACAACUUUUGUGGUCGAGUGGUAUCAGUAGUGAAAAAUUAGAAGAACCAGAGGGAAAACUUAUGAUUAAACAGAAACUUACAUGUACCUUCAAAUCAGUCAAGGAAUAAAGACUGUAACCAUGGUAACCUUAGUAUUGAAGUAAAGGGAGGGAGGGUAGGGCACAUCCUUACACUCUCUGUUAGAAAAAAUGAAGAUCAAACUCGGGUAAGUUCUCAUUUAUACAUUUUAUCACGUAACUUCUAGAUAGGGGAUUCUGUGAGAUAUUGAAAGCCACUUUGGGUUCACUAGAAAAACUCUAAACAUACAAAUACUUUGAUAACAUCAAAUGAUGACCUGCAAUUUCAUUACCAGGACUUGUGAACAUUGUGAAAUCAUGUCAUGAAGAUAAAAAAUAUCAAUGCUUCUUAUGAAAAAUGUGCCAGUCCUUACCAAACAUACAUGAACAGUUUGAAUGCAUAUUACUUAAUACUUCAAAGAGUUCAUUGUCAUGAUGUGUUGUAUCAACUAGACACACACAAAAAAAGAGUCACAAAAAAACUGGCCUUCCAUGCCACUAGUCUACAACAUAUCCUAAAAAUGUACCUGCUUGAUGAUGAAACUAUCUUAUAAAUCCUCAAGCUUCCAAAAUUGCUCUUUGGAAAUUGUCCAGGAAUGUGUUCACUACAGGCUUAUAAUAAAAAGUUCGAAAAGUGUAUUCUGAUGACAUUCCAGCCUUCGACAUAACCUCACAAACAGGGACAUCUUGUUCUUUAGCUGCAGAUGUUGAGGCUGCCCUUGUAGAGUGGGGCUUAUAUUUUGCAGUGUCAAUUCCUGAGCGGGAUAAACCUUUAUACUAGUGAGUUAUUAUGUCUUUCGAUACCCCACAGUGAGGUUUCUUGUAAGUGACCAAAAGCUGUUUUUCUUCUCCGCAUAGCGAUUCUGUCUUUGUCAAAUACUGCUUCAGAGUUUCCACAACACAUAAUCACUUGUCGUAUGGGUACUCCAUUAAGCAAACGGUCGCCCCACUGUUGCCUGGUCGACUCUGCUUCAGCAAUUCUGUGAUCACGAAGUUUGCCUGAUCUUUCUGCAAAUCUAGCAUGUCUAUUCUCGAAAGAUGGAAUGUUUGGAUUCGCUGUGGUGAUAUCAGGAUUAUAAGCAAAAUUUUAUGUUAAGUCAUGCAGGGAAAUCCCAGAUGUCUGUGUGAUGAGGCUUGGGUGGUUUCAGGUUGAAGAUUAUGUUCCUAAACCUUGAUUUUAUCUGAUCAUCCUUUAUUGAUUUCCCACCUUGCAACAGAGUGUAGAUUCCAACAGCAAAUAUUGCUGUAUUAAUUCCACUAUAUGCCACACCUCUUUGCAUUAGGUUUGUCAAUAGGAAGUCUAAAACCUCACUGACUAAUGUCUGCAACGAAUCAGUCGAUCUCCUAUGACAAAACUGAAUCCAUUGCCCUAUGUAGGACAUGUGUACUGCUUCCUUGUAAACUGUUGCCAUGAAGCCAAUAUAACUGCUUCAGCUCCUUCUGGAAUGCCUCUUGCCUUGUGCGACUCCAAGAUAAUCUGCAAGCGAGCAAAAUGAGUUUAUCACCCUGAUGAUGUAUUUUCCCAGUUUCCUUCUGCUCACUUUGUGGCAGGACAAUGGGUGUAUCAAUUAACAAUUGUAAUAAUCUAGGGAACCAUGGUUGCGAUGCCCACUUUGGGACAAUCAAAAUCCCUUCUGCUUUGUCUGCCACAAUUUUCUGAAGACAUUUAUUGAUUAUACAGAAUGGGGGAAAUGCAUAUAAGUCUAGAACUUUCUAGUCCGAGGGAUGGCAUCAAUGGCCAGUGCCCCUGGGUGUGGUUGCCUUGUCAUGUACAUGUAGACUUUUUGGAGUUGGAUUAAGAGUCAAUUUUAUUUUUACUGAAACUCAAACUUGAUCUAGUUUUUGUUAACUUUGGAAUCACAAAAUAAUCUUGUCCCUGAACUUCGCCGGCUAGCAAAUAUCAAAUCACUUCCUGCCGUGCUUGAGCCUUACCUACAGAGUUAAAGGCCAGUACCGCCGUGAGGAUGGACUUGGCUGAGAACACCUCUCUGUUAUCUGACUUAUCACAAUCAAAAUCAGCCAUAACAGGCCGAAACAUACAACAAAGAAAUAAAUAUUGGCUGAGAAAUGAGUGAUAAUAAUAAAAAUCAUGAAAUUGUUACACAUACCUCCUGUAGAGUGUGAAGCAUUACGAUAAAAAACAAAUUUUAACAGUGACUGCUUGUGGUCAGCCGAUGCAUGUAUGUAGGCUCACUAAUUUGAGUAUGCAUAGCUCGUACCUCACAUAAUCCAGUAACUAGAAGUUACAGAUAAAAUAAAACAUAUUACCCCACUUAUACUAAUGAUCACGCAUUAUAAUCAUCAAGUUGCAACCUGUUGUCAUGAUAUUACAUUGAUUUUAUCAUACUGUCAUGACUUGGGUGACUGCCAAGGUGUCAAAUUUUGUCAGGAGUUUGUCAAUGCAAAAUGGUUGACAGGUUAUUGAGAUUAAAUGAAAAAGAUCCUCCACAAGUUUUUUUUUUCAAUUGAUGCCUCAAAUAACCCAUUAACUUGCACUCAUAAAUGUUGAUGUUUUUUAACUUUUUUCCCUACUAUGCAUGAACAAGCCUGAAAGUACUAGGCAAGUAGGUAUGAUGAUAAAAUGCGAUGUUGUGUGAUCAUGCAUAAUGGGCAAGUUUAUAAGAAUAGUUACUUUUCUGGGGCAAAAAGCCCUACAAAGCCUUACAACAGAAUAAAAGAAAGAAAAAAAGCGAAAAACAAAACAAAAGUGUACCUAGCAUUUGACUCUUAAAAUUGCUAGUUUUAAUUACUAGUUUGAUAUGAAUGUACAGCCUUUAUCCCGUGAAUCUUUAAAAAUGAAUAUAUUGGUGAAUAUCUAUAUUUAUUAGGAAUGUUCUUGACUUCAAAUUGUUUGCCUAUUUUGCUCAUUUCUCAGUAGGCAUAGUAACCAUAAUACAUACAUGUAUAUUACUAGUGUUCAAUGUUUGGCUGUAUUUGAUAAUAAAGCAAAUGACUUUAGAAAAUCAAUCAAGACCAAAGCCUAAUGUUGGACCUCCUGUAUGGCAGAGAGCUCAUGGCUAAGCAUAUACUUUGCAAAGCUAGGGCAAAUGUGGUACUGCAGAAUGCCCAGCUAGGCCAGUCACAAUUAUAUUAAGGGAGAGAUAGGCCUAUGUACUAGUACAUAGGCCUGCCAAGUCUCCCUGAUUGUCAGGGAGACUCCCUGGAAAAUUAUUGAUUUUUGAAUGAAAAACUCGCAGAUUUCUAACAUCUCCCUGAUUCUUACAUUGAUUUCUUUCAUUAGAUUGUGAGAAAGAUCUUCCUUCUUCCUUGUUAAUUUCUCUAUUCAAGUUGGCAGCUCUACAUAUAUGUGCAUUACUUUAAUUCUUACAUCCUGAUUUAUGCCUGGUUUAACAUUUGUCAUAAUUUAGUAUAGUAUAUUCCGUCUUGUAGAAAAAGAAAUGGUUGUUUUGUCACACAGAAAUGUUCUACUUGUGUGUACUCUACAUUCCUAAUGAAUUUUAUGUGAUUCAGUUCCCAUGAUUGUAUGGGAAAAGAUUGAAAUGAAAUACCUUAUUUCAUCAUGAAAGAGGGAUUUUAUAUUAUUAUUAUUAUUAUUAUCUAAAACCAAGUUUUGAAUACAUCAAAAAGAUGGUCUUCAUCAGAGCUGAGGUUGUCAACUAUCUUUCAUACUAAAUAAGAAUAAAGGAGAAAUAUUUUUUUAACUUUAUCCUUUUAUCAUUCAUGGUGCCAAAAAUAGAUAUUUCAAUCAAUAUUUGCAAAAAAGUAGAACUCUCAGAUGAGAUCUGAACAGUAAUAUUAUUUUGCUUCAUUUUUAAAGGAUCAUCUGUGCUUUGUUUCUUUUACAAAUGCAAUUGAAAUACUGUUUAGUCAUUUUAUUGUAUUAAAGAAACAGGAAAUGUGACUUUGAGUGCAUUACAUUCUCUCCAUAUGUUUAUUGUAAACUCAUGUAUAUCUGUCACAAUCAUACUAAUAAAUCACUGUAUGAAGUAGUAAGACCAAUAAUUGUACCCCCUCCCCUGCAAAAUGUUGGAGGUUACUUUGGAUCAGCAGUGUUGUGCCAUCACUGCCACAUCAUAUUCUUGUAUGCGCUCUGUACAUCACAUUUCUCAACAGACUCCUUCAAAUUAGGUAUGGGGUUGUCUCUUGCUCAGUGCGGUAGACAGAGGAAUGAGAAGCAGUUAAUAAUUUACCAAAACAGACUCCUUCAAUUAGGUAUGGGGUUGUCUCUUGCUCAGUGCGGUAGACAGAGGAACAAGAAGCAGUUGAUAAUUUACCGAUUCCCACAUCUUUUGCUGUUUUCUACUGUGUGUGAAUGUUUUCACUGAUACUGUCUUUUUUAUUUAUAACAGUAGUCCAUUUAUGUUUGUGUUUAAUUAUAUGCCUAUAUUCUGAAUUCUGAUCUAAAGUCAUACUUAAACUAUUCGUAGCCAAACAUGGCAGGAAUUUUGUCAUCAUACUAGUAUUUGACAUUCAAUUCAUUAAAAUUGUCUUAAAAGGAAGAAUAGGAAAGAAAUAUGAUAGUUUUCCUCACCAUCAAAACAUGGGAAGGAUGGUAAUGAUUGCAAGAAGUAUUACAUCGUAAUCAGAGUCUUGACACGCAUCUUCCCAAAAUGUUAGCCCAUUGUUAAAGUUAAACUGGGGUUCAAAAUAUGGGCCAUAGAAUCUUGGUAUGACCAUGAUCAAUCCAAUAUAAUUAGAUGAGAAUAUCUAAUUUGUCUGAAACAUAGGGCUAAAUGAGUUUCAUUUAAACUAUAUUAUGCGCUAAGAAAGGCCAUUAAAAAUAUCCUUUGUAAGAUUUAUAAUUGUGUAAUUGUAUAAGAUGAUACAUUAUAUUCGUCCAUGAGAAUCACCUUGAUGUCUAAUUAGAUUUCUUGAUAGUUCAUUGCAGUAUGGUAUGCAUUUGUUCAAAUGCUAAAAUAGCUCUGUCCUAUUCUGCUGAAAAGAUGUAUGUAUAUUGGUAAUAUCAAUGUAUUCAAAGUUUUAUUAAUAAAGUAAUUAUUUGUAGAAGCAUA